CGCUGGUCACGUGACCCACAGUAGCAGUCAUAUGAUGUUCCGGAUAGUCCUGUAUUGUGGAUCAGCCGCUGAGCACGGUAGAGGAAAUUGCUGCAAAGAAACCACGUCUUCGUUGUGUAGUUUGGGGUAGAUUUCAAAGAUGUUCGCGACUGGUUUGUUGGUGUGUUUACUGGCCGUGUUUCCGCUCGUCUCCCGGGCUCAGUACGCCCCUGAUGAGGUGACCCACCUGCCCGGUAUGUCGUUCAAACCGAACUAUCGACAGUGGUCGGGUCACAUCCAGGCACGACCCGGAAAGUUUCUCCACUAUUGGUUUGUGACUUCUCAGAGGGACCCAGUCAAAGACCCUGUGGUGCUUUGGCUGAAUGGAGGCCCAGGCUGCAGCUCGCUGGAUGGGUUCCUGUCAGAGAAUGGACCAUUUCAUGUGAACGACAAUGGGGCCACACUGUAUGAGAACACAUUCAGCUGGAACAAGAUUGCCAAUGUGCUGUAUCUAGAAUCUCCAGCAGGAGUGGGAUAUUCCUACUCUGAUGACAAGAAGUAUGCCACCGAUGAUGACCAGGUUGCUGAUGAUAAUUACAAAGCCCUGCAGAGUUUCUUUGCCAAGUUCCCAAAUUUCACUCAAAAUGAGUUCUUCAUCUUUGGGGAAAGUUAUGGUGGAAUUUAUGUGCCAACCCUCAGCCUGCGUGUGGCUGCUGGAGCUGCCAAAAUCAACUUCAAGGGCUUUUCAGUGGGAAAUGGUCUCAGCAGCUAUGCGCUCAAUGACCAAGCCUUGAUCUACUUUGGUUACUACCACGGCCUCUUUGGAGAAGAUUUGUGGCGAGAUCUGAACAUAAAUUGCUGUGACAAGGGGACCUGUAAUUUCUACAACUCCAGCUCAAAUCUCUGCAGUACGCUGGUCAAUGUGGCCUUUGGUAUUGUGUAUAAUAGCGGGCUUAAUGAGUAUGCCCUUUACUUGGAUUGCGAGGGUGGCAGAAGAUUCCACAGAGGCUACGAGAGGACCAUGAGUCACCUGUUUAAGAACUACAGGAAACAUCAACACACCCACAAGUUUUCAGAUGGAGUGUCUCCCUUCGUGUCUCUGGGAGAUGUCCCUCCCUGCAUCAACAGUACGGCUCAGCUAAACUGGCUGAAUAGAGGCGAUGUGAGGAAAGCCUUGCACAUUCCAGAUGCACUGCCACCAUGGGACAUCUGCAGUAAUGAUGUUGGGGAGCAAUACCGCAACCUGUACCUAACCGUGAAGGAGGUGUAUCUGAAACUGCUCUCUCUGGGCCUGCGGGCGCUCGUCUACAACGGAGACACCGACAUGGCCUGCAACUUCCUGGGAGACCAGUGGUUUGUGGAAGACCUCGGCCUGAAGCCAACCACUCGGUACCAGGCCUGGCUUCACGAUAAGCAGAUUGCUGGUUUCUACCAGCAGUAUGGAAACCUCACUUUCCUGACAGUCAAGGGUGCAGGUCACAUGGUUCCUCAGUGGGCUCCAGGUCCAGCCUUCCACAUGUUCCAGUCUUUCGUCACUAAUGGCUCCUACUGAGCCAUGAUGGGGGCUGCUGAAUGUAAUAUACCGGCACUUAUCACUUGUUGGAGUGUUCUCAGGGAAGAGGAUUUUGAAGGGAAAGGGACUAUUGGGGCACUUGUUUUCAUCUAUAUUGUUCACACCUGCAGUGAAGUAUGUUGAGUAUUUGGAGGGAGACAUAUUUGUUCUUGGCUUUGCACCACAUUAUAUAUAUGAAAUUAAACUAUUCAAGUGCCAGCAUUGAGGAAUUUAAAUCCUUUUUAGACUGUCCAUUUUUUUUUUUUUUUUUUUUUUUAGAGGACCACAAAUGUGAAUAAAAUCACUUGAUUCCUUUUUAUUUUGGGGUUUUGUGCCUUAAGUCUGGUUUCAGCACCUGCUCAGUUGGUUGAGGUUCUGACUGAUUUGGGCUGUUAACGUGACUCUAUUUAGCCUUAAACUCCUUGGUGGCCUUGUCUUGUUUAAGAUUAUUUCACUGCAUUGUCCUGAAACUUGAUAACUACUUGUGCAUUAAACAAGGUACAAGUCUUUUACAAUUUAAUGAAGGGAGAACCUUGCAUAAAGUCGGUGCUUGACCUUUGUUUCAUAUUUUAUAAAACGCUAAAACAGAAUUUGUCUUUGUUCAAAUACUUACACUGCACUUGAUCAAAUGAAGCGAUUUUCUGUGGCACUGAUGUAAAGAUGUAUCUAAAGCUGUAUCCUGGUGUUUUUCAUUGACAUUUUAAGCAGAAGUGUGUGAGUGAUAAUAUGUGAUUGAACUUAAAUGAAAGACUGUCUCAAUCCAAACUGUAACUUUACUUGUAUUUGUCUUUAUUAAAUGUUUUAAACUGCCA